AUGUCGCUCACUCUUAAACUGUCGUCCCUGGCAAUUAAGACACUCUCAAAACCAAUUGCUAAUCAACUCAAAGCUCAAGCUCGUGAACAUGAGCGCUUCCGUCACAUCUGCGUGUCGAUGGCACAAGCUCUCCAUAGAUUCGACAUGCGCCUACGAUUAGGCACAAUCCGUGAUAGCACCACCUCACAGCGCCAGGCCGCUGCGGAAGCAGAGGCAAAGAAACAUGUGCCAACAUCCCCGACAGCGAAGACAGAGUCCGAGACAAAAGCAGAGGAACAUGCCCUUGCUAAAGCCAAGGCUGCAGCCGAGGAAGCUGCAAAGCCCCGCCCAUAUCGCAUCCGCCCGUUGACCGAAUCCAAAGCUAUCGAGUCCGGCGCAAACUUUAUCAGUGAAGCUUUUCUGUUCUUGGUCGGUGGCGGCUUGAUCGUAUUUGAGUCAUGGCGAUCCCGUCGGAAGGAGAGCACUCGACGAGAGGGCGUUGAGGACCGCCUUGCUGAGUUGGAACAGUCAGAAAAGGCAGCCCGCGAGGCAUUGGUUGCACUGGAGAAAGAACUUUUAACGCUUCAGGCUAAGCAUGGGGAAAAGUCCAAGUUGUCCCACCGCAUAUUACCUCGAGCCGUCUGGGAAGAGGAUUCGGAUGUGAAAGAAAUCGAAGCUCCCACGAGUUGGUGGUCGAGUAUCACCUCAUAUUUCUCUACUGGCCAGGAGACAUCAAAGACAUUGGAGACUUCUCAACCGAUGACACCAAUUCCGACAUCAUCGUCAUCACAAGAUCCGAAAGAUAUGCCAACUUUACCAGCAAAACAGUUGGCUACAUCUGAACAACAGCAAACCUCCAAGUCCCAGGCUUGA